AUGUCCCAUGCCGAAUCUGGACUUGUAGAAGAUCAGAGUAUACCAAGAGUGUCGCAAAUAUACCGUGAUUGUACUCGAAGACACGACCGCCAAGGUAAAACACCAACAGCUUUUGGCUUCGAAGUUCCGACUGACUGGCAAAGAACAAGCAAGCGAUGCCAUGAGGAUGGAUAUUUGCCACAUCAUCUGACUAUCUGGGAAGUACUAGUUUGA